GCCGACGGAAGGCAUAAAACCAUGCCCGGGUACACCGAUGCUGCCUGGAUUACGGUGGCGAAAGUGAAGACCAAGGUUCGGUUCUGGCGUAUCGAUUCAGAUGAGGUCUCAUUCUCGGCCCUGUUGGGUAGGGUGUGGUUGAUUCAAUGUCGGGCGUGGGCUUCAUUUGAGGACAAUUUCUACAUCAUUAAGGGCGAUAAUGAUGUCGAGCAUGUGUUGUCUCCAAUUGGUGGGAAGGUACCUUCGCAAAUCCCGAGUAUCAGGUGGAAUCUGGAUGUUCCAGCGAAGCAGCGGGCGGGCCUAAAGCCUGAGUCAGGUAACCCUCAGAGGUGGGUUAAGAUUGAAAGGCUUCGUCCAGGGGAGAGAGAAGAUGAGUAUGAGGAUGAGGAGGAUGAGGAAGCUUCGGAGGAGGAUGAGGACACCGGUGAGGACUUAUACUCUGACUAUGACUUGUCUGAGGAAGGCUCGGAAGACGAGGAUUGUUUCGUGAUUGAGGUGAGACCUAGGGAAGGGAAUGGGGACUCGGAUGAAGUGUCCUCUAUGGCAGUUGAAGUAGGCAGUCAGUCAGGGGGUCCUGUCAAGAGGGUCACCCAGAAUUUUUGUCGAGCGGUUGCAAGUCCCGGACCGCUGAACAACCUGGGCAUCCAUUGAAAAGGAGGUAAGGAGGGAGGUGAGUAAGAGAAAGAAGGGAAAGGAGGCGUAUGGGGUGUUGGGGGUG